AUGCACCCAAGAAAAGCCUGAUUUUUGGAUAAGGUAGUAGCCAAUUUCUUUCUACAAUAGGGACAUGAAAUUCCAUAACUUUAUGUCAAAUUUGCUGCUCUGCUACUUUCAACCCUUAUUUUCCAAGCCCAAAACUUGUGAAUUAGCUCCAAAGUUGAACAUGGAAAUCAAUGCUGCCAUGGGCGACAGUGAGAAACUAAGCAAAAGCGACGUAAAAGUGGUGAUGGAAAGGCUGGGAAUGAGGUACGAGAUAGAGAGGAACGAUGGUGCCGAUGAGUUGUUGGGUGAAAUGUUUGGUGAUGAAGAGCCUGGGUUGGAGGAGAUUAAGGAAGCGUUUGAUGUUUUCGACGAUAACAAAGAUGGGUUUAUCGAUGCGACGGAGCUGCAAAGGGUGCUCAUUUGCCUAGGCGUGAAAGGGAAGAUGGUGACGGUGGAAGAGUGUAAGAGGAUGAUAAGGGUGGCUGAUGAGGAUGGAGAUGGUAGAGUUGAUUUCAAUGAGUUUUUGAAAUUUAUGCAGACUUGUUUUUGUUGAACCAACAACGUUGUUAACUUUUCUUCUUCUUUUUUUUAACAUCCACUAUGAGUGACAUUUUUGUAA